AAGGAGCUGACAGGGGCUGGGAACACUCAACUUCCAGACUGGAUCAUGGGCUUUACCGUGUGGCUGUGUUUGCUCUGCCUGCAGGCGAGCCUGCUGUCUCAUGCGCUUGACUGCUCGGGAGGAAGCCUGCCCGAUUUGUGCGCCAAAGCACAGACGGCGGAGGAGCAGACAGGUGAUCUGGGCCUGCAGAGGCCAAUGUCUCCGCAUGAAGAACAAGUUCAGCUCAGGCGUAAAAGACAGUUGGAGAGGAGAGGCCAUGCCCACUUAGGUCACGCGAACCUUCCCGGAGCUUUCUCUGUCAAAGGCUUUCCCAACAGUCUCAUCCAGGCCGACAGGUCCAGACGACACUUGGCUCAAGCAGCAAAUAAGAAGAAGAACAAUCGGAAAUCCCGCGUCGGCUCCUUUUCCCUCCUUCGCAACGAUAAGAAAUUCAACCCUUUGCAGGUGAUCAGAGCAAGGAGACAGGUGGAGAAUGAGGAAAAAAUAGUCUGGGGAAACUUUGUGUUUCUUCGGCCCGGGGCUCACUCCCUCAAUGGAAUUUUGCCCGGAAUGCAAGUCGUAACGGCGUUGCCACCAACAGUAUAGUGCAAUGUUGUUAUUUUUACGGUUAAGUUAACCAGCACAGGUCUUAAGAGGAAAACAGACAAAAACACAACUUUGCUUAGUUGGAUUGCCUUGUGUGUUUAUUAUUACUGCUGCUAUGAUGAAUUAGCAAUUACGUAUAUGCGAAGGCUACAAUAUGUAUAUGCCUGCAUGCAAUGAAAACACUUAUCAAAACAUGAAUAGGGCAUUGUUGUCCAUUAUUAUUGUAUUACAUCAGAUAUUGAGUGGUAUAUUUUUGCAGAAAUGUUGUGUUAUCACAUAGUAUUUCAAUAAAAAAUUAGUCAAGAAAAGUAUGCUUUAUUUCUCAAUGUGUACGUUUACAUGGGUACAUUUCCUGAAUCUGAUUGAAACUACCGGGGACUACCCUUUAUAUUAAGAGCGCACGUGCACCAUUUGGAAGAAUAAAAUAAAAAAUCUCUACAGCAAUGCUGACAGCACUCCUGUAACGAGUCACAUUAAAUUUUGGAGGAAAAAUGACAAGCAGUACUCAAUUUGGACAUUUAGGGAUGUACGUAGUUUCUAAGGAGUGUACGCACUUUUGUUGCCAGGGGUUUAGAUAUUAAUGGCUAUAUUUUGAGUUAUUUUGAGGGGUAAAUAAAUGAACUUUAUUAUAUAAGCUGCACACAGACUACUUUUCAUUGUGUCAAAGUGUCAUUUUGUCAGUGUUGUCCCAUAAAAAGAUAUACUUAAAUAUCUGCAGAAAUGCGAGGGGUGUACUCACUUUUGUGAUAUACUGUAAGCAUUUCAAAAGUAAAAAUUACUUUAAACAUAUUACUGUCCCAAUUUUUU